AUGGCAGACCGGCAGAUGACCCAACAGACUAUCCUUAGUCAUAUCGCCAAGCUCGAUGACCCCGAUGCCGAUUUGCGAUACAUGUCCCUCAAUGACUUGUUCACCAUCCUGAGCAGUCCGAGCUCAAGCUUCCUGUCCAACGAUAACCGCUCCUCAAGCAAGCUGGCGGAAGGUCUUCUCAAGGCUCUGGAUGACCAGCAUGGCGACGUGCAAAACCAGGCGCUAAAAUGUCUCGGCCCUCUUGCUGUCCGACUUCCCUUCGAGUCACUUGUUCCCCUGCUUGAGAAAUUGAGCAACCUCACUGCAUCGCAAACGAUCGAUACCUCAGUCCCCAAUACCGCGAUCCGUACCAUCAUUGAUACCCUUCCUCGCCCCCAAGCUGGCCAGCCCGCUCCACAAAAUGCUAUCACGGCCUAUCAGGCUGUCUCCAAGGUCUUGAUUCCAAGACUCACGGGCCCAACUCAGUCAGCGUCGGGUCGACGAGGCUCCGUCGUGCGGGGAAUGCUCGAGAAGGAUCCAUCCAAGGGUUUCAGCAGCGACGCCAUUGAUGUGCUCAUCAAGGUUGUGACAUGCUUCGGCCCCCUUCUUUCGGAGGCUGAGCUGCUUGCUCUGCAGGAACCCGUCAUGGCCAUUAUUCAUAAUGACACUGCCGGUACUGUGGUCACAAAGCGUGCCUUGGCUGCCAUCUCGGCCCUGGUUCUCUACUUCUCUGAUAACCAGCUUAAUGCCUUCGUGAAGCGCCUGACCGAGACGUUGUCUUCGCCAAAUAUCUCUACUAUCCAUCACCGGCACUUGAUUGCGGCCAUUGGUGUCAUUGCUCGCAGCGCCCCGGCUAAGCUUGGUCCCCAUCUCAACAGCCUUGCGCCAUUCGUUUUCGCUGCCGUGGGAGAGGACAACCUUGUGCAAGCAAACUGA